UAAUGUCUUUCUUUUGAGGAUAUUUAAUAUCUUCUAUACUCUUUAAAACUUUUAUCAUAUGCCUUAUUUGAAGCACUAGUACAAUGUUUCUUACCCAUUUCAUUGCAAUGAAUUGAAAUACCGUUUUUAGCAGUUGAGAAUUUCAAUUUUUCAAGAUUUGAAAAGCAUUUUAGGUCUUGGAAAUUUAAUUGAACGAGUACAAACCAAUUACUAAAAAAAAUUGUCACAAAAAAUACUUUUAAAUAAAAUCAAAUCACUCAUGCACCAAAAAUAAAAAAAUAGAGAAAAUUACAAAUAUGAAAAAAGUAGAGCUUGGAAUGAGGAAAUCGUGCAUAAAAAUCAGAGAAAUGGAUGUAAACCGUAAAAUAGAAACAAAAAAUUUAAAAUAAUAUUAAAAAACUGACAACAUAAAAAAAAUAAAAAAGCUACAGUAAAAUAUUUUUUUUUUCAGUGACCGUAUUUUGUAAAAUUUCCUCAACAAUUUAUAGGUUUAGAACAUGUGUACGGCCGGAUUAUGUAUCAGAUUCGUUCGAGUUCAUGAUUUGUUGACUCGGAUAUGACUCUGAUUUCUUUCUCCAAAUCCCUAAUUUCCAAGUAUUGCCCAUAUCCCCCGCUCUUCUUCUGUAAUCCAGGUUUUAGCUUUAAGUUUUGUAUCCUUCUUUCUUUUGUCUUGCCAAACUAAAUAUCAGAAAUCACAACAUCAAUGUCAUUCUCUUCACUACCUCGAUUUCUUUCUCUCUCAAUCACGCCUAAAACCUCAAAAAUCUCAACUUUACACUUCACUACUUCACUAGCAGAUAAGCUUUAUACACACUUGCAAAAUAAUCCUAACAAUGUUGAAAAAUCCUUGAAUUCAAUCAAACCUAAAUUGGAUACCAGAUGUGUCACCGAGGUUUUACAUAAAUGCUCCCUUAAUAACUCUCAGAUUGGUCUUAGGUUUUUUGUCUGGGCUGGUUACCAGUCAAAUUACAGGCAUAGUUCUUUUUUAUAUAGUAAAGCUUGUAAAUUGUUUAAUAUUAAGCAAAACCCGCAAGCUGUUCUUGAUUUAUUUGAGUUUUAUAGAGCGGAGAAGUGUGUGGUUAAUCUCAAGACGUUUAAGGUAGUUUUGAAUUUGUGUAAAGAGGGCACGCUUGCUAACGAGGCCUUUUUGGUGUUGAGGAAAAUGCAGGAAUUUGAUAUACAUGCGGAUACUAAAGCUUAUACUAUUGUUAUUAGGUUGUUUUGCGAUAAAGGUGAUAUGGACAUGGCUCAAAAAUUGAUGGGAGAGAUGAGCUUCAAUGAUCUUUAUCCUGAUAUGGUUACGUAUGUAUCAAUAAUAAAAGGAUUUUGUGAUAUAGGCAGACUGGAGGAGGCUUGUAGGCUGGUUAAGGAAAUGAGAGCACAUGGUUGUGUGCCUAAUGUGGUGGUAUAUUCAACGCUUGUUGAUGGAAUUUGUAGAUUUGGUAGUGUGGAGAGGGCACUGGAGUUGUUAGGGGGGAUGGAGAAGGAGGGUGGAGAUUGUAAUCCAAAUGUUCUUACGUAUACCUCUGUGAUUCAGGGUUUAUGUGAGAAGGGUAGGACAAUGGACGCAUUUGCAGUUUUGGAUAGAAUGGAGGCUUGUGGUUGUGCUCCUAAUCGUGUCACAGUUAGUACUUUGCUCAAACGGCUUUGUAUGGAUGGGCAUCUAGAGGAAGCCUAUAAGUUGAUUGAUAGAGUUGUUGCUGGAGGUAGUGUUUCAUCUUGUGAUUGCUAUAGUCCUAUUGUUGUGUGUUUGAUAAGGAUUAAGAAAGUUGAGGAGGCCGAGAAGCUGUUUAGGAGGGCUGUAGUUAGUGGAGUUAAACCUGAUGGCUUGGCAUGUAGUCUAAUGAUUAAGGAGCUUUGUUUUGUGAACCGGGUGCUUGAUGGGUAUUGCUUACAUGAUGAAAUUGAAAAGAUAGGAUCUUUGUCCACCAUUGAUUCUGAUACCUAUUCUGUUCUUUUAGUUGGGCUUUGUCAACAAGGCUACUCAUUGGAAGCUGCUAAACUUGCAAGGUCACUGAUUGAAAAGAGAAUACAUCUAAAACACCCUUAUGUUGAUAAAGUAGUUGAAUACAUGAAGAAAUUUGGAGUCACAGACCUAGUGACAGAAUUAGCUAGCAUUGGAAGGUAAUGCUGAGGAGAAGAUGAACUGAUUUCCAGUGAAGACUCUCGGAUUAUAUUUUCUGGGCAGGAUCUUAGCUACAUAGUCAGUAAUUUCCUAAUUUGAAGAAACAUAUAAGAUAAUCACUCGAAUUCAAAAUGUGGGAUCUGGGAAGUUUGGCAGUUGUUACUAGUUCUUUUACUCAAUCAGAAGCACGCAAUAAGCUUGAUUGUAAAAGAAAAGGAGUAUGCUGUGGGGCCAGUUGUUGUUCUCACUGUUCUCUGCCAGCAGAAUCUGACUGUGCUAGGGACACGGUGAAGGGGUUCUGUUUGCAGCUUGUAUCAUUGCUGUCUAGUUACAAGGAUGAUGAAAUUGUGAAUCUGUUAUUGAGAGCAAGAGCUCAUGAAUGCUGGGACUCAAGGGGUUUUCUUUUUCCAUUAAUAGAUCUUAUUCGAAUUUCUUGUGAUGGAAGAUCUAAAAAUCUAAAUCUCUCCGGCCCUGCUUCCUCUGGAAUUCCAUUGAUGGAACUAUCAGGAAUCACUCUUAAUAGGACAUGUAGGGAACUUAAAUUACCUGCAUCUCAUUGUCUUAUUCUCUUCUUUGUAAAUAGAUGCUGAAGAUGCUUGAUCAGAGUGAGGUUUAUAUUUGUCACAUCAUUGCAGAUCUCACUUGAGGUUUGAGUUCUGGUGUGAAUUCAAAAUCCUUAUUGUGGAGAGGUUGAAUUCUGUGUAUUUUCUUACUUUGCUGGUUGAGGUUCUUUGAGGGAUGCAUCAAUUGAAUACCAUAUAGCCAUCGUCAAUCAGUUUUCA